GGGCCGCACAGAUGAACAGUACCAGUUGUAAAGCACCAGCUUCUAGUACCUCAUCAAAUUCAUCAAAUAAUAACCAAGAAGUUUACAGUCCAUACUUGGACGAGAUGCGAUUUGAUUUCAAUGGCGAGCUUGUGCCAAAGUCUCACUACAGC